AUGGACCAGAACAUCUUGAAAACGAACUUUGUCUUCACACUUCACUGGGCACAGUGGCAGUUUGGCUACAGAAUUAACUGGCCAGAAACAUUUCCAAGGGAGGAGGUUCGGUGGUUGGUAGAGGAUCAAAAGAACCUGUUGAUAGCUUCAGAGAAUGUAGAAGCUAUGGUUCUGAAAGGGGAAUUCCUGAACAUAGUGGGCAGAGCUGUCCUCAUCCCAGGCUCCGGCUACUUUCUUGCGCCUACCUUGAUGCUUUUCCUUUCUGCAGCGAUGAAUCAGAAGGAAAAGGAAAAAGAGAAAGAUGCAAGGUCCAAGGAUGAAACCAAGGACACUCGUCACAAAGAGGAUCCCAGGGAGUAUCUGCCUACAGCUUCUUCACUCACGGGGACUCCUCACUCCAGCAUCCACAUCACCCCUGUUGUCUGUCUCACAGUGACUGCAAGUCUAGUCGGCAAAGAGGAAUCCCUGCCCCUGCAUUACACCUCCACAAGCCAGGCACAGCUUCCCCAGGUGGCCAGAGCAGAGAUAUGCACACCACGGUGCAAGUUUGACUACAAUGAGUCAUGUUUAAUUUCACAACUUUCUUGUCACCUUACUAAUCCUCUUGCCACUGUUACUUCUGCUGGAAAGCAGACCCAACUGUUGCCCUGGUACAAUGACUCCAUGUCUGAUCCAGCAGGUGCUGCAGCAUGAAAGUAGAGUGCCACCCACUGCUUGGUUUAAGGGAUCAGAAAAUCCUUUCAUUCUCUGUUUAAAUGCAACCACUGACAUAAUUCUUUCUCCUCAGAAAGCCCACAGCUCCGCCUGGUGGAAGGGAAUAGUCGCUGUUCCGGAAGAGUGGAGAUCCUUCACCAGGGAACCUGGGGCACCGUCUGUGAUGACUACUGGGACUGGGAGGAUGCCCAAGUGGUGUGCGGACAGCUGGGUUGUGGAGUACCCCUGGAAGCCAUGUAUGCUGCUCACUUUGGAAGGGGAACAGGGCCUAUCUGGCUGGAUGAACUCAAUUGCAUAGGAAAUGAGUCUCAUGUGUGGAAGUGCCCUUCCCUAGGCUGGGGGAAGCACUACUGCACUCACGGGAGUGAUGCAGGAGUCAUCUGCUCAGGAUUUGUGCAUCUGAUUGGAGGAGGUGGGCCCUGCUCUGGGCAAGUGGAAGUGAAUUCUGAAGGACAUUGGACUCCGGUUUCUAGUGGAAACAUAACAUUCCCCACUGCCCAGGUCAUCUGUGUGGAGCUGGGGUGUGGCAAGGCUGCAUCUGUCCUGGGGGACGUGGCCUUCAGAGACACCGAAAGUCAGGUCUGGGCUGAAGAGUUCCAGUGUGAGGGGGAUGAGCCUGGACUCUGGUUCUGUCCCAGAGUAUCCUGUCCUGGAGGCCAUUGUCGUAACAGAGCUGUGCAAGUUGUCUGUUCAGGGUACACUGAUGUUCGGCUCCUGAAAAAUGGCACCUCUCACUGUGAGGGACAAGUGGAGGUGAAUGUCUCUGGAGACUGGACAGCGCUGUGUGCCUCCCACUGGAGUAUGGCCAAUGCCAAUGUUGUUUGUCAUCAGCUUGGCUGUGGAGUCGCCAUUUCAACACCAAAAGGAGCGUACUUUGUGGAGAGAGGCGAUCAGAUCUUGAAAGACCACUUCCAUUGCUCAGGGGCUGAGUCCUUCUUGUGGAAUUGCCCUGUGACUGCCCUGGGCAUUCCUGACUGCGCCCACGGAAACACAGCCUCUGUGAUCUGCUCAGUCGUUCUUGGUGAUUGGCCUUGCUUCAAACAGAGAAGUCUCACAUUGUCCGAAGCAGAAAUCUCCAUGCAGAAAAUUAGCUUUGAAGAUGAGAAAUCAUUACGUCCGCGAUACAGCCUGCAUCAGAGAUCCCACUGCCAGCUCACUGCUUGGUGUAAUUCAACUUCCUAUUCUGCAGGAAACCAGACCCAGCUGUCCCGUCGCCCGGACGCCUUGUCUGAUCCAGUGGGCUCUACGGCCGCCACCCGCUCAGAGAGCUCACAGCUCCGCCUGGUGGGCGGCGGCAGUCGCUGUGCCGGCAGGGUGGAGAUCCUGCACCAGGGCGCCUGGGGCACCGUCUGCGACGACGACUGGGACCUGAGCGAUGCCCACGUGGUGUGCAGGCAGCUGGGCUGCGGAGUGGCCGUCCGCGUCACCGCCUCUGCUCACUUCGGGGAGGGAUCGGGGCUCAUCUGGCUGGACGACGUCAACUGCACCGGAAAUGAGUCCCACGUGUGGAAGUGCCCUUCCGGGGGCUGGGGGCGGCACAACUGCAGGCACAAGGAGGACGCGGGGGUCGUCUGCUCAGAGUUCCUGGCCCUCAGGCUGGUGAGCGAGGAACAGGAGUGUGCUGGGUGGCUGGAGGUUCUCUACAACCACACGUGGGGCAGUGUCUGCCGCAGCCCCAUGGAAGCCGUGACCUUGUCUGUGAUCUGCAGACAGCUGGGUUGCGGGGACAGCGGCACUCUGGACUACUCGGUUGCUGUCCGGGAAGGGUCUAGACCCCAGUGGGUGGAUGGAAUCCAGUGUCGGAGAACUGACACCUCUCUCUGGCAGUGUCCUUCCGACCCUUGGAAACGGAGGUCGUGCUCACCGAAGGAGGAAGCUUACAUCACAUGUGCAGGAAUGAGGCCCAAGAGCUGUCCGGCUGCUGCCCCCUGUACAGACAAAGAGAAGCUGCGACUCAGGGGCGGAGACAGCACGUGCUCCGGUCGAGUAGAGGUUUGGCACGCAGGCUCCUGGGGCACCGUGUGUGACGACUCCUGGAGCCUGGCAGAGGCUGAGGUGGUGUGUCAGCAGCUGGGCUGCGGCUCUGCCCUGGACGCUCUGAGCGGGGCUGCAUUUGGCCCGGGCAAUGGAAGAAUCUGGCUGGACGAGGUGCAGUGCGGGGGCAGGGAGUCCUCCCUGUGGGACUGUGCUGCAUCUCCCUGGGGACAGAGCAACUGCAAGCAUGAGGAAGAUGCUGGCGUGAGGUGUGCAGGCACCAGGGCACGCAGAGCUUCUGUCCCUGGCAUCUUCUCCUUUCCUGGGAUCCUCUGCAUCGUCCUGGGGGCCCUUCUCUUCCUGGUACUUAUUGUCCUCGGCACUCAGCUGCACAGAUGGAAAGCAGAGCACCAAGGCUUACCCACUUUUGAAAAUGCUCUUGAAGAGGCCCUGUACCAAGAGAUAGAUGAGAUCAUAAAGCCGAUGGAAGAGGACCUAUUGUACAGUACAGAACCUUUGGGACAGCAUGUUGAUGCUCCAGGACAUGGCUAUGAUGAUGUGGAAGAGUUACCUGUUCCUGAAACUCCUUCUUCCCCUGAGAUGAGUGAGCAGUAUUUUUGCCCAGAGGAGGGGGAUGAAGCCAGGUAUUCCCAGACAGAUGAAGUCACAGAUGAAGCUAUGAUUCUCCUUACCGUUGCAGGCGUCUCUCUCCAGCCUGCUAGGGAAGCUGCCAGCUCCAGCAUGGAAGAUGGGAUCCUCAUUGGUCCUGCGGCAAGAAGUCCUGGAUAUGAUGAUGUUGAGUUUAGCACUACAUAG